AUGAUAGACUACGUUUCAACUUUAUUUAUAUCAAUCGCAUUUUGGACUUUCCUAUUCUUCUUGUUCUCACAGCUUGUAGAAGCUGAUUUGCCUACAAGACAGCUUUGGGAUUUCCGAAACCGCCUCGUCACUUUUAUACAUGGAGUGUUCUACCUUACUUUCACUACCAUCACAGUAAUCAAUGAAGCCAAGCUAGGUUCAGACAACACUUAUUUCCAAAUCAAAAUCAUUUUGUGGAUGUUAGGAUACCACAUUUACGACACAAUUUGCAAAAUAAAGUUUGGGAUCUCAGACAAUUUUAUUGUGAUCCACCACUCACUCGUAAUUAUUGGAUCAAUUUGUGGGCUCUCAAGCAACAACGGAAUUGUGGAAAUAUUGUAUGGGUCUUUUAUUGGAGUUUUACCAAAUCCAUCUUUACAGAUUAAAGAAAUCCUGAGGUAUAAUAAUCAAAGAGACACGAAAAUUUAUCUGUUAGCAGAGCUGACAUAUAUUUUUACGUUUAUUUUUGCGAGAUUUAUUAUUGGACCUGUGAUUAUUUAUGAAGUAGUCACUUCUUGGAGCGUUUUUUGGCCCGUGAGAGCUAUAGCAUUUUCGCUCGAAAUUUUGUCGUUUUAUUGGAUUUCAACGUUUUAUAAUAUAUUGAAGAAAAGAUAUCAAGAAUAUCAGCACAGAGUAAAGGAAGGCAAAAGCUUACCUUGGAUUUUUAAGUAA